GGUCGCUCCGCCAACCACCGACAACCCUCAACAUGUACAAGUUCAUCGUCCUCGCCGUCGUCGUGGCCGUGGCUAAGGCCGGCUACCUGGGCGCCCCCGCCGUGGCUGCCUACGGCGCACCCGCCUACGGCUACGGUGGCUACGCCGCCCCCACCUACGGCUACGCCGGCUCCGCCUACGGCUACGGCGGCUACGCUUCUCCCGCCAUCACCUCCCAGCACUCCAACAUCCUGAGGACGCCCGGCAACCUGGGACAGGUGUCCACCUACUCCAAGACCAUCGACACGCCCUACUCCAGCGUCUCCAAGUCCGACGUGCGCGUCAGCAAUGAUGCCCUGGCCUACGGCGCCGCCUACCACGCGCCCGCCUACGCUUCCUACGCCGCCCCCGCCUACGCCCGCAGCUACGCCGCCCCCGCAGCCUACGCCGCCCACGGUCUGGCUUACACUCCCGCCGCCGUCGCUUCUCACGUGUCUUUCUCCGGUCUUGGAGCUUACUACGGCUGGUAGACACUCCUCACGGAGUCUUCCUCACCUGCAGGCUGCGUCGCUGACGAGUCCUGGAGUGCUUCAAGCCCUUCUCCUCACUUCCUGUCUCUUCCCCUUCUCAUGCAAACUGUUUAGACUUUAUUACUGAGCGAACUGAACUGAACAGACUGAGCAAUGUGAACCUUUUGUACAUAAUAUUUAUUAAAUAAAUAAAUACUAUUUAAAACUAA